GGUCCGUCGCCGUCGUGGGGGCACGUCGCCAGGCUCGUCGACGCGGAGUGCAAGGCUGGCCUGGGCUUCGAGGGCCGUGCGGCGAAGCUGCCGCACCGGGUGACGCGGUGGCCGUCAGACCUCGCGGGCCACCGCAAGCUCCUGGAGGAUUGCUCGCGCAUGGCCGUUGCGAGGGCCAAGGCCGAGGUC